AUGAACCAUCGUCAGGUACUCAGUGAAACACAUGACAAAGAGGAUAUCCUGCCGACUUCCGAGCCUCAAACGAACAACAAUGACCAAGGAGCUAUGAGCGAUGAGACGGAAAAGGGGAACCUAGAGUUGUUGGUUGAGUCUUCGGAUCAGCAACCAGCGAACAAUGCACCCCCUCCACCCCCAAACGGGGGCUAUGGAUGGGUCGUCACCGCCGCCAUCUGCAUCAUCAACGCCCAUACAUGGGGCAUGAACUCAACUUACGGAGUCUUCUUGGCGUACUACAUCAAAAAUAACACUUUCCCCGGGGCAACGACUCUACAGUAUGCCUUUGUUGGCUCCCUUAGCAUUAGCUGCGCCAUGGCCAUCUCGCCGUUCGCGACCAUAGCCGUCAAGAAGUACGGCACCAGGCAGGUGAUGCUCUUCGGGGUUGUGCUUGAAACGGGCAGUUGGAUUGCGGCAAGCUUUGCCUACAAGAUAUGGCAUCUGUUCCUCAGCCAGGGCGUUCUCUUUGGCAUCGGCAUGGGAUGCCUCUUCACAGCCACGGUGGGCAUUAUCCCUCAGUGGUUUACGACCCAUCGCUCCUUGGCAAACGGUAUAUCCGCUGCCGGCUCAGGCAUGGGAGGUCUUAUCUACUCAUUUGCUGCUGGUGCCAUGAUUCAGAACCUGGGGCUUGCGUGGGCCUUUAGAAUACUUGGAAUCCUUGCAUUCGUCGUGAACUUCACCUGCAGUCUUCUAGUUAAAGAUCGCAACAAGAUUGUAGGGUCGACGCAUCUAGCUUUCAAAGGUACUCUUUUGACGAGAGCCGAGUUCCUGCUGUUUAUCCUGUUCGGCUGGUUUAGUAUCCUGGGCUAUUCUGUGGAUAUUUUCAGUCUUGCCAACUAUGCCAACGAGAUCGGCCUUGAAUCGUCUCAGGCCGCUCUCAUCAAUGCAUUUUUCAACCUGGGCCAGAGUAUUGGCCGGCCGAUCAUGGGAUACUUCAGUGAUCGAACUGGACGGAUGAACAUGGCCGCCAUCUGCAGCUUCUUGGCUGGUGUCUUUUCGUUGGCCAUCUGGAUCAACGCCAAAGUAUACGGCGUGCUGAUCCUCUACUCUAUCUUAUGCGGUAUGGUUGCCGGCACCUUUUGGACAGUUGUCGGACCUGUUGCAGCCGAAAUUGUUGGAUUACAAGAUGUGCCCUCUGCCCUUAAUAUUUUGUGGUUGAUGAUUCUGCUUCCCUGCACUUUCAGCGAACCAAUCGCUUUGCAGAUUGUGUCCGGAACUGGAAGUUAUCUGGGCACUCAAUUAUGGACAGGCCUGAUGUUUAUUGCUGCUACAAUCUGCAUGGUUAUACUUCGCGGGUGGAAGAUUGGGGAAAUCGACGAGCUUGCCAGAGCACGCAACGAGAGACCGGAGGAUUUCGAUCGAUACAAGACCAGCGAUGGCGAGGAACUGAUUGAGCAAGGAAGAAAGGCUGGCCGACGACGAAUGCUCGUUGAUUUCUACAGGAAGAGGGUUGUCUAA